AUGUGUGACGAAAGCUUUACGGAGGAAGAUGGACUUCAAAGACUUAUUCAGUGUACAGAAUGUGACAAGCGUUUUAGCCGGACAGGGCACCUGAAAUCACAUAUGAAAGUACAUACUGGAGAGCGACCGUACCGAUGUAAAAUAUGUGAUGUGCAUUUAUCCAGCGCAGGUAGCCUGAAAUCACACUUGCGACUGCAUACAGGUGAGCAACCAUACAAAUGUAGAGAGUGUGACAAACGUUUUACUAACACCGGAAACCUGAAAUCGCAUAUGAGAGUUCACACUGGUGAGCGACCUUACCAAUGUAAAGACUGCGACAGACGUUUUUUCAGCACGGGCGACCGAAGAAGACACAUGAGAGUGCAUACCGGUGAGCGACCGUACCAAUGCAAGGUAUGUGACGUGCGUUUUACCAACACAUGCAACCUGAAAACACACAUGAGAGUGCAUACCGGUGAGCGACCCUAUCAUUGUAAUUUAUGUGAGGACUGUUUUAGUAACGCAGCCAGCCUGAAGACACAUCUGUUGAUGCAUACUGGUGAGCGACCACAUCAAUGUAAAGAAUGCAACAAAUGUUUCAUCAACACAGGCACCCUAAAAACGCACAUGAGAGUGCAUACUGGUGAACGACCUUAUCAAUGUAAAGUGUGCAAUGCAUGUUUCACCAGCACAGGCAACCUGAAAAAGCACAUGAUAGUGCAUACUGGUGAGCGACCAUACCAAUGUAAUGUAUGUGGUAUGUGUAUUACCAACGCAGCCAACCUGAAAACACACAUGCGACUGCAUACUGGUGAGCGACCAUACCAAUGUAAGAUAUGCAAGGAGCGUUUUAACGCUACUCGCAAGCUGAAAAUACACAUGAGAGAGCAUACUGGUGAGCGUCCAUACCAUUGUGAUGUAUGUGAUAAAGGUUUUAUCACCGCAGGUAAUCUGAAAAUACACAUGUUAUUGCAUACUGGUGAACGACCAUACCUUUGUAAUAGAUGUGACAAGCGUUUUGCCAACAAAGGUAGCCUGACAUGGCACAUGAGAGUGCAUACCGGUGAGCAACUAUACAUUUUGUAUCAAUGUACUGUAUGUGACAAGUGCUUUAAUGACAAGUGCAUCCUGGGUGGACAUUUAAUGCUUCAUGCUCUAGUGCAACGUUAUGGUAUUAGGAAGUUAGAAGAAACUACACUUGAUGAACAAGAACAUGUAUUCCGUGUAAUAUUUGUGUAG